UCCAUAUGUAAUUAAUGUGUAAACAAACCCGCCCACUCCAGCAGCUAAAUAAACUGCAAAUAAACUGUUAAUCAUAGAAUAGAUAUAUAUACAACUGUAGAGAAUGUACAAACUACUCUUUAUCAUUGCUGGAUGCUCAUUGACUGUCCAGGCCACUCCAGGAUUGGUGCUGCCAGUAGAGAGAACCACUGGACUGGGUUGUAUACCAGAGGGCAGGACUGUCAGCUAUGAGUGUACUGUCAGUGAUACAUCAAAUCCUACUAUUGGGUCAACAUUGUGGCAUGGGAGUGCAUUUACCUGUACCUCGUCGGGUAUAAGCUUUUUUCAUUCUACUUUUAAUCCUAAUGGAAUUAGUCGCUUUUGUGGUGACCUGUCUGCCAUGAGUGUUGAGGUUAGUGAAAAUGAGUACACCUCACAACUGACUUUGACAGCAACAACGGAGUUGAAUGGAAUGACUAUUAAUUGUACUCUGAGUUCAGUAGUAUAGACUUUGGAAGUGAUACUGUAAAAAUCGGAGCCUCUCCCUCUUCCCCUCAAAGUGCCAUGGUGGCCAUCACUUCCACCUCAUCCCUCACUGUUAGUUGGACCUCACCCUUUGAUGCCAGCAAUGUGGGGGGCUACAUGUUCACAGUGACUGGAGAGGACUGUGGGCGCUGUGAGAGCACUACUGUCAGUGCUGACACUACCAGUGUGAUCUGUUUUGGUUGGACGGCCAGUAGUCAGACCUGCGUCUUUGACUUGAGGACCGUCUCUCAAGACUGUGGGUUUAUCAGUGAUACUGCUGCAAUGGCAUCUGUUGUUCUGUCUGUUCCAUCAUCUUCAUUCCAACUCUCUUUGGGGAACUUGCAAUCAACAUGUUCAAUUGAAAGUACUAAUGCUGUUCUUAGUUGGGUGGCUCCAUCUGUGAUAUCUGGCUACCCUCCAGUUUUAAUGUAUCACGUGACUGUCAACAAUGGAACUAUAAUGUCCACCACUGGAACUGAAACAAACAUCACCAUUCCCGGCUCCACCUUCCCAAGUGCUGGAGUCUACUCGUUCAGUUUGAGAGCUGUCAACGUUUUAGGAGAAAGUAAUCGACUGAUAGCUGAUUUGGAUGUUGCUCUGACGAGUGUAUCAAGUUCUUAUUCAGUUACAAUGACAAGUGUUACUCUAACAUUCUCUCUGAGUAACACCGGUUGUGUUGGACCAUCUGUUAGCAUCAUCGUUUACUACCAAGAAUGUACUGACCAAGUCAACUGCCAGUGUCCACAAGAUAAUAGCUUUUCCACUAAAGAACAGUCAAUGUCUAUUACCUCGACAUCGUUCACAAUUGUAAACAAUCUCCGUGCUAGUUUCAUUUAUUGCUAUCGCUCUGAAGUGGUAAAUGCUGGCAUCAUCAUCGGCUUUGAAAAUGGUCGGAUGUUCACCACCGCACCUCCUGUCCCUCCCUCUAUGCUUGCUAGUGCCAGAUUAGUUAGCAGCAACCCUCCAACUUACCAGUGUGUGAACUCUGCCGAGGGAUUCAACGGUGGAUCGUCACAUAUUGUUGCAUCGUACGAUCCAACGAUUGGAACUUAUUCUGUCCCAGCCUGUUCAAUAUUCGUUUGGCUGGUUACCGUAAUCAUAAUUAUUGUUGUUGUCGUCCUUGGAGCUCUGUUUACUGUUGGGUUGGGUGUUGGCUGUUUUUUUGGUUAUCGCCGUAAGAAAUUGACUUCUCAGGAAAGCCAGUGUGCAGUGUACGAAGAUCCUGACAGUUUACCUAGUGAUCCAAAAACAGCUGGCAAUUUAGCAUAUGAACAUGUUGGUGGCAGUAGUAAGAAAUCAACUAAAAUGAAGGGGCCAAUAUACGAAGAAGCGGAGGACAUUAAACCAGACCCCCACACCCAGGGGAAUCUCGCUUAUGGACAUGUACAGCAGUUCAGUUAGUUAAGUUCAAACAGUGAGUCUGUCGUAUAUGUCAGUUCGCAAAUUACUCAAUAGAUGUAAUAAUUAUGCACAAUAUCAGCUUUAUACUUGUAUAUCUGUGACGUUUUUAAGAAUUUCAUGCAUAUCAUUAUUUUUUCACAAUAUUCGGUUGACUUCUCCAAGUUGCUUUUGUAUAGCAUUUCAUACACGAUUAUUAUGACGAUCUUUACUAAGCACGCGUG